GUUAGAGCCAGGACCGACGACCACAGCGAACGGACGGAGAAGCAAAGACCAAACGCCCCAAACACUUGCAGGUCAACGAGGAGGCGUCCCUCCCUCCCAGGGAGCUUAGAGUUUGAGGUCAAACCCUUGGUGGGGCUGUGCUUCCGCUGCUCCAGCUCCAAGUCGCCGGAGUUGGCGGCCGCGCGCGGUGCCGCCGAGAGAUGCAGAGUUUAGUCCCAGUGUGUCGCUGUGGAUUAGAUCGAACGUGUGUGCAGCUUCCGAGUUGCCGGCCGGUGAUUAAGAUUGCGGAGCUGGCCUAAGAGCUACCUUCCUUCCCUGCUCUGCCCGGACGCGACCCUUUCCGUUGUCAUCGUCAUCUAGCCGGUGCUGCCCGACCACCCGCCUCAGGCGCGGUGCUGCUCAGAUGAUGCAUACGUAAAGGUAGAAUGCUUAAUAAGAUGGAUUCGUCCAGAAUUUGAGGGGCGCGAUCGAGCAAGCAAAUAAAUGGCUGGUGGUGGGAUCGUGCAGCUGUGGGCCAACUCGGGGAUCCGAAUCGUGGUCCUCCUCAGCUUCACAUUUCAAGUUUUCCUCUUCUUCUGCGGUGGGAUUCGUCGGCAGCGUAGAGCUGCCUCCCCUCUGCUGGCUGCCCUCCUGUGGUUGGUGUACCUUCUUGCUGACUCCACGGCGAUCUACGCCCUUGGCUACCUGUCUCACUCCACUCCGCACAAGCUCGCGGCCUUCUGGGCGCCGCUUCUGUUGGUGCAUUUGGGUGGUCCGGACAGCAUCACCGCCUACACCAUUGACGACAGCCGGCUCUGGCUUCGGCACCUGCUCACUCUUGUCGUGCAAACCCUGGGAGCUGCCUAUGUCCUCUACAAGUAUGUUACCAGUGCUGGGAGGUUGCUUCUGUCAGCCUCUGUCUUGAUGUUCACCGUCGGUGUCCUCAAGUAUGGCGAGAGGACAUGGGCGCUGAGAUGUGGCAGCUUGGAAGGCAUCAAAAGCAGAAUCAGAUACAAGGAGGUUCCAGGUUCCAAAUAUUUUGGUGAUACGGUGAAGAACAAUUUGCUCAAUCAGAAAGAUGAUAAUGAGGAGGAACUUCUAAUUUUAGCUCAUUCCCUACUUGGACAAUGCAUGAAAUGCUUUGCCGGUUCCUAUGUUUGGCUUGUGGACUGUCCUCCUUGGGUAUAUCCUCUGGAAGAAGAUGACACCGACCUAUACAAGUUUGUUGAGAUGCAGUUAUCCCUCAUGUAUGAUAUCAUGUACACAAAGGCUUGGGUGAUCCACACAUGGUACGGUUACUUCACCCGUGUCUUUUCUCUUGUCGCAACAAUAGUCACCAUACUGCUCUUCUCAUUCAGCAACAAAAAUGGUUAUAGUAGGGUUGAUGUUCGUAUCACGUAUUUUUUGUUAGCUGGGGCUGUAACCUUGGAGAUCAUAUCAGUGCUGACAACUAUAGGGUCGAUAUGGAUGUGUGCCUGGCUGUGUAGCCUCAAAAGGACCCAUCUGCUUGUAAAUGUGCUAAAAUUCCUUCGCCGUCUUGUCCGAUCAGCAAGCAAGAGAAGGCACUCGAUCUCCAUUGGGCAGUAUAAUCUGUUACACUUUUGCACUCGUGACAAGAAUGAGCUAGGCAGCAAAGCAGCAAAGAAGAUGGGGCUCGACAAAUGGUGGACAAGUCUACAUUUCGUGUGCACCGCAGACAUCUCGAAAACAAGUCUUCCGGUGCUGCUUUUGGAAACCAAGACCAAAUUAGACCCUGAGUACUCAAAAGGCAUCCAAAUACUGGAGAGGAGCGGAUUACGCAAGGAACAAGCUGGAUGGAGUCACUGGAGUUUGAGUUUGAACCUUGACUUUGGAAAGAGCCUCCUCAUCUGGCACCUUGCAACUGAUGUCUACCUUAUUAGAUCCAAGGAGGUUGGACGUCAAGAAAAUCUAGCUAAAACAGUCCAGAUGUUGUCCAAUUACAUGAUGUUCCUGCUAGUGACCAAGCCCGACAUGCUACCUGGCUAUAUUGAUAAAACCUGGCUUGAGCGCACCCGCGACUCCUUGGAGGAGGACUGGUUGUCUGAGGACCAAGAAAAUACAGAAUCGCCCAAGAAAUGGUGGGGCAUGUUGAAGAAACAAUUCCGCAACGAUGGACCCAAUGGUUCCAGGAUCCAACAGAUAGAGCAGCUUGCUUCAAAUUUUCAUAGCAGGUUCCUCAGUGAUCACGAGGGAAAGUGGGAGUACGCCCCCCCUAAACACGAAGAAGCAGGUCCACAAAAACACUAUUGGGCUGCUGAUGUGCAUGCAACAGAACUUGCAGCGGAGUUUCUCCAUUUGGAAUCGAGCGUACCCAACUUGUUGCAAGUAAUUAUUCAGGUGUGGCUGGAAAUGUUGUUCUAUGCUGCCGGGCGCUGCGGCCCGGAAUCCCAUGCUCGUCAGCUUAGCAGGGGCGGCGAAUUCAUUACGGUUGUGUGGCUUCUCACUCAACACUUCAAUCCCGACUAUCUAGAUAAUGUUUGAUGCCGCCGGCUUCCAGCAGGGGUCUCAUCCCGACCAUCUAAUUGAUAUUGCCGGCCGGCUUCGAAUGAAGGUCUCAUCCCACCAAACAUCAUGUCGCUGAAGUACUAAGAAAGAGUAUAAGGAGUCGCCUCAUUCAUCUGUACUAUGGACUGUAAUAAGAUCGAUGCUGGAUUAUGCAUUGUUUAGAAUCCAGAUUGUAUACGUUUGUUACUUACCUUGUCGUAUAUGUUGAAAUUAACAGGCCUGUAGCCUAGUGGUUGCGGCGACCUUAGUAGCACCCGAGGUCCUGGGUUCGACUCCCGGUGGGAGCAGAUUUAAUAAAAAGGACUGUGGGGCUGUUGCUCUACAGUAAAUAGUCAAAAAAAAUU